AUGUUGUGGCCAGUGCUAUUCGCUCUGCUGGCCGUCUGCCAGGCGGACACCUUGGUGCAGUUGCAUGUGAAUCGUCCGUACAACGAUAUCAGCGAGAAGUUCAUUAGUUUUGUUGUGCGCCCGGAGGAUCUGUACGAUGCGCUCGAUGGGAAGAAUCGCAAGGCAGUCACCAGCAUGGCUGCCCUGCUGGGCGAUGCGUACGUCAAGUUCGUGGGCGACUUUUACUUUGCCAGCAAUGCGCCGCAGCGUCUGCGCAAUCCCACCAAGAUCAUAUGGAAGGGCUUCAAUCGCUGGACACGCGCUGUUAACUGGACCAUGAUUUUACCCGUGCCCUAUGCGCCCGACGAAUGGGACUCGAUGCACACGCUGAAGAUCCUCAACACCUCCUACAUGGUGGGCAUCACGGACUGCAUCUGGCAGCUGGGCACAGAUUUUGGCACAUCGCGCGCCAGGGAUUACGUGCAGGAGCUGAACACGCUGAAGCUGAUGACGGAUACGUUCAAUCCGUACGUGGAUAGCUGGCGUGUGAUGGGCGCGGACAUCUCAGCGGGCAGCAGCGCCGACGAGACGCGCAAAUACGUGGAGAUGUCCAAGGAUGUGAAUGCUGCUUUCGGCUGGACGCAACCCGCCAACAUGCUGCCCAGCAGCAGCCUGGGAAGCUACAUCUACGACAGCGAUCCGGCCCUGAAGACCCUGCAGCAACAGCGUGUCCCACUGUGGCUGACGCUGCCGGACGAGCGCAAGGGAGCGCAGUCUAUCGAGAAGCGCUUGCUCGGCGAUGAUACAACGGAUGCCCUGCGCUGGGCCCAGACCUUGGGCGAUGCGGCCAGCGGCGGCUUCGAUGUGGUCUUCAAGCGCAUGUCUCUAGAGGAUUUCGAGCGGCCGAACUUUAGCUACUAUGUCACGGCCAUUUUCAAGAAGGUGAUGGGCUCUCGCGUCUUUCCGGCACGCCCCCUCAAUGUCUUUGCGCCCACCAACAAACUGUACACGCAUUGUGCGAACGCUGUCUCGGGAGGAUUGGCCUUCAUGGUGGUCAAUACGGAGGAGCAGCCCACCACGAUCACCGUGCGCAGCACGAGUCGUCUAUCCAACAGCGAUAUCUGGCAAUACGUGUUAACUUCGGAGAACGGGCGCAUGCGUCUGAACAAUGCUAAACUCAGCCUGAACUCCACGCUGCGUCCGCAGGUCAUUGGGAAGGACUCCAGCAAGCCGCUGCAGCUGAUCACGCCCAGCAUGUCGGUGGGCUUCUGGGUGCUGCCCAGCGUCAAUCUGGAGCACUGCCAGUACUCCGAGGUCGAGGCAGACAAUGUCAGCGCCGAGAGCUCCCCCGAUGGCCGCAGUGCCAGUGGCUACAGCUCGGCGGAUCGCCUGCUGCAGCGCCUGAUCGAGGAGACGGCCGUCUCGCGUGGCUCCUUGCAGAGCACGCUCAAUCGCCAUCGACGCUUCGUGCUGGACAAUCCGGAGCUGGAGGUGCCUGAAACGUUGCUGGGCCGGCUGUUGCAGCCGUUCAAUCGAGUGCCGCGCCAGAAGCCGGCUGCAGUUGCUCCCGUCAAGCGGCAGGUGAAAAUCGAAGCGAAGUCCAAGUCGCAAGCUGUGCGUCCCUGCGAGGCACUCAACUGGCUGCGGAACGUUGUGGAACAGAGCAGGGAUGCACUGCGGCACCGGCGCAGCCGACGCAGUCCCAGCGACUACGCGGGGCCCUUCUUCUACAAUCGACAUGGCAAGAAGACGACGGUGACCAAGAAGAUCACAGAGAUACGGAAGCCGGAGCGCAAGGUGAAGCCGCUCUUCGAUCUGGCCGAGUUCGACGAGGAGGAGUUCUUCAAGAAAAUGGGCGAACAGCCCGAGCCACCGCCGUACAGCCGCCUGCCCGAGGGCGAUGUCCAUCUGAAGCACAUCGAGAGCCCCGACGGCGAGGAGAGCGAAAUGCAGCCCGAUCCCGAGCCGAUUAGAUACAAGAAACGCAGAAAAUCGAAAGGCAAGCCCUUGAAGAUUCUACAACGUUCCCAGGAAGAGGAAGAAAUGGAGGAAGUUCCCGAAGCGCCCAAAACUCAGGAACGUCAAAAGCUGCGUCUCCUACCAACGGAGUUCUUCGAGGCUUUGCCGGCACCGGCGCCCAAGCAGAGCAAGCGCCUGAAUCUGGGCGCCACCCUGAACUCGCUGCUGUUCCCCGAGCCCUUCUCCAACAAGGCCUCCGUGAGCAAGAGUCCAAGCAACAACAGCAAGCAGGUGGAGGAACUGGACCCGGAUGUGGACAGCGUGGAGGGCGAUGGCAAUAGAAAACGCUCGGCUAAGAGCGGAAAUGCGGCCACGGAUUUUCUGCAGGCGCAGCGCGAGCUCGGCAAGCACUUCCUCAGCCACAUCCAUGAGCACAGCCAGCGGGAGCAGCAGUUCCCAAUGGGCGGCGAUAGCUUCAGGGAGCAGUCCGACGAUCCGGAGCGGGAGGUGGAGCCACGGAAGGAGGCCAAGCUGCUGCCUGGCAAUGACAAUGAGGAGGAUUACUUCAGUGCCAAGCCCAGGCAGCCUGUGCCCGCGCCGAAGCGACUGAAGAAGCCAGCCGAUGAGAGCAUCACCUCCUGGUGGGAUAUGCCGGCAUUCAGACGCCGUCGUGCCCUGCCCCAGCCCCUCAACUAUGCCGACGCCGCUCUCAACUCGAAUGUGAUUCACAAGGAUGACCAGCAGGAGCUGUUGCCCCUGGGGCGCUAUUCAGUAUACGAGUACAAAGUGGAUCUGCCCACGGUGACGCCAGCCAGCGAGCCAGAGAAACCCGACUCCAAAAUCAUGAAGAUCACCAACACAAAAGCUCAAGGCUCCAACUGCCGCAAGAUCACCACGCUGUCCGACAACAUUGUCACCACCGUAAAGUCCAAGGUAUCCAAGUUUAUGAGCAUUAUCUCACGCCACAUGAACGAGUGGUACAACACCCUGGCGAAGCAUCUGGAUAGCGAGCCAACACCUUCUCACACUGCCGCCGUGCGAGUCGAGAAUGCCAUAGACAAGUGAAAGAUUCACAUAGUAUAGACACAUUAAUUAGGGGUUUUUGUUUGC